AUCACUUUUCCCGUAGGUUCUACUUGCUCCGUAUCACCAAAGUAUCUACUUUUCUACCAAAACGUGAGUUUUCAACCUUUCAUCAAGAUGGAAGAAAUUGAAUUACCCUCCUUUUCCAUCUAUGGGCUGCAGUGGUGUUUCAAGGAGCUAGACAAAGAAGAGUUUCAGAGAUUUAAGGAAUUACUAAUGGAAGAAACUUCAGAACUGGCGAAAGGCCACUUUCCAUGGUUUGAAGUGAUGAAUGCCAAUACAGAAUGUCUAGCUUCUCUCUUGCAUGAGUAUUAUAUCGCACCUCUUGCGUGGAAGGUAUCUAUUAACAUCUUUGAAAAGAUGAACCUGUCAGAACUCGCUGAGAAGGCAAAGGAUGAGAUGGAAAAAUAUACACAGGAUGAAAUACUGGAGGAUUCUGAACCAAUAGAGUUUGACGAAGGACCAAGCAAAGAAGUGGUGCCAGGCAAAUGGGAUUACAAGCAUCACGUGAUGACUAAAUUCUCCGCCGACUUGGACAUGAUCCUCCCUUUUGAAGAAUCUGUCACCCACUGGCCACAGAUGCAAAUUUUGGUUGGUGCAUUUCAUCCGGAUGGGAGCGGCUCCCAGCCUCGCACUGUGGUUCUGCAUGGAAAAUCCGGAACUGGGAAAUCAAUCUUGGCCAGAAGGGUCAUGCUGUACUGGGCGCAAGAUCAGCUCUACAAGGGAAUGUUCUCCUACGUCUUCUUCCUCCAUGCGAGAGAGAUACAGUGGCUGGGGGAGGGGAGUCUUGCAGAGUUAAUUUCCCGGGAGUGGCCAGACUCCCAGGCUCCAGUGUCAGCAAUCAUGUCCCAGCCAGAGAAGCUCCUGUUUGUCCUUGACAGUUUUGACGACCUGGGCUUUGUCCUCAAGGAUGGCGACGAGAAGACCUGCAGAGACUGGGCUGAGAAGCAGCCCGUGUCUGUCCUGAUGCGCAGCCUCCUGAAGAAGGUUCUCCUCCCGGAGUGUUCCCUGAUGAUCACCAUCCGAGACGUGGGGGUAGGGAAGCUCAAGUCGGAGAUCGUGUCGCCCCGUUACCUAUUAGUUGGGGGAAUCUCGGUGGAACAGAGGAUCAAGAUGAUCUCCGAGCACGUUAAGGAUGAGCAUCAAAAGUUACACAUCUUAAAUUCAGUGAUGGAUAAUGACCAGCUGUUUGAUAAGUGCCAAGUUUUUGACGUGUGCUCGUUGAUCUGUGUGGCUCUGCAGCAGGCGGAGAGAAAUGACCUUUCUGCAACUUGCCAAACUUUCACGAGCCUGUAUGCCACUUUUAUGUUCCAUCAGCUCACUCCACAAAACGAAGCCCAGCGCUGUCUCAAUCAGAAAGAACAAGCUGUCUUGAAGGGCCUGUGCCUUAUGGCUUUGGAGGGAGUGUGGCAUAUGAAGUUCGUAUUUUACGGCGAUGACCUGGGUUUUCAUGGGCUAGAGGAGUCCGAACUCUCCACCCUGUUUCGUAUGAAAGUUCUUCCCCAGGACAUUCUUGACAAGAGAUGUUACACUUUCUUUCACCUCAGCUUGCAGGAGUUCUGUGCUGCCUUGUGCUAUGUUCUAGAGGGAAUUGAAAGAGACCGUGAUCCGUACCCCCUGUCCAUCGGGAAUGUAAGGAGCCUGAUGGAGCUUACACAAAUUGACUGGAACCCCCACUUGCUUCAGAUGAAGCGUUUCUUGUUUGGCCUCAUGAACAGAAAGUCGAUGAGCAAGCUGGAGACGCUGCUCGGUUGCCGUGUCCCCCUGGAGAUAAAGCAGGAGCUUCUGCAGUGGGUCUCUCUGUUAGGUAAACAGGCCAAGGCCCCCUCGCCGCUAGACAUCCUGGACUCCUUCCACUGCCUUUUUGAGACUCAAGAUGAAGAGUUUGUUCGGCUGGCCUUGGAACCUUUCCAAGAAGUGUGGCUUCCAAUCAACCAGCAAAUGGACUUGCUCGUGUCUUCUUUCUGUCUCCAGUACUGUCAGCAUUUGCAGAAAAUUCGACUGAGUGUCAAAGAGAUCUUCUCAAAGGACGAAGUCACUGAGGCACAGCCCAUAAACCCCAGCAGCCCGCAGGGGAGGAUCGCCGUGGCUGAGUGGUGGAGGAGGCUCUGCUCCGUGCUCAGCUCCCUGGUGAACCUGAGGCUCCUGGACCUGAGCUGCAGCGUCCUGAGCGAGUGGGCCAUGAAGAGUCUCUGCGCCAAGCUGAGGCACCCGACCUGCAAAAUAGAGACCCUCAUCCUUAAAGAUGCACAGAUCGCCCUUGGUCUCCAGCAUCUCUGGGCUAUUCUCAUCACCAACCGCAAUCUAAAACUCCUCAACCUGGAAGGCACUUGCCUGAAAGACGGAGACGUGGAGGCUGCGUGUGCGGCUCUAAAACACCGAAACUGCUUCCUGGAGUCUUUGAGGCUGAAUUCCUGUGGACUGACACACACCUGCUGUCUGAUGAUCUCCAGAGCCCUUGUCGUGUGCACCAGCCUGAAGUCCCUCAGCCUGACAGGAAAUAACGUGACGGACAAGGGGCUCCGGCCCCUCUGUGAGGCUCUGAAGUACCCAACGUGCAACCUGCAGAAGCUGGCACUGGGGCACUGUGGUCUCACAGAAUCCAGCUGCCAGGAUCUGGCCAUCGUCUUCAUCAUCAACCAGAACCUGACACGUCUCUACCUGGCCGGCAACAACCUGGGCAAUGACGGCGUGAAGGCAUUAUGUCGAUUCAUAAAACAUCCCAGCUGUUACCUGCAGAGGCUGAUACUUAACCAGUGUAACCUGCAGGUGGCUAGCUGCGGCUUUCUCGCAUUGGCACUUAUAAGCAACAGGAGCCUGACGCAUCUGAGCCUUAGCCUGAACACGCUGCAGGACGAUGGGAUGAAUCUUCUGUGUGAGGUCAUGAGGGAGCCCUACUGUCACCUCCAGGACCUGGAGGUGGUGGGAUGCUGCCUCAGCGCCACCUGCUGCGAGGGGCUCUCCUCCGUGGUCACCAGAAGCAGCCGCCUGGCGAGCCUGGACCUCUCCUCCAACGACCUGGGCGACCGAGGCGUGAUCGCGCUGUGCGAAGGGCUGAAACAGGAGACCAGCGCCCUGCGGAGGCUCGGGCUGGAGGCGUGUGCGCUGUCUUCUGCGAGCUGCGAGGCGCUCUCCUCUGCCCUGUGCCACAACCGGAACCUCACCAGCCUGAAACUGAUGCAGAAUCACUUCAGCGGCGCUGGGCUCACGAAGCUGUGCAUGGCCUUCCAGUGCCCCACAUCCAGCCUGCAGGUCGUUGGGAUGUGGAAAAUGCUGUUUACUAGACAACAAAAGAGCCUGCUGGAGGAGGUGAAAAGGCUCAAGCCCAAUUUUGUAAUUGAUGAAAAUUGGUACGCUUUGGAUGAAGAUGACCGGUUUUGGUGGCAAAACUAA